AUGACCGGGUAUAGCAAGAUCCACACGAAGCCGCUGCAAGAUUCCAUCGAGAACUUUGAGCAGCUAAAGCGGAAGCUUCUGCACACGAAGUGGGAAUGGCCACGGUUGGACGAUCCCAUGCAGCCGCCGGACGGCCGCGGUUUGGCAGCAUCAUGGAGUGAAGAGACUGAAGUCAUCGAAGACAUCGUCACCCUCAUUUCUGGAUUUCCUGGUCUGCCUUGCAUUGCUGGAGCAUCCCAGAUGGAGCUUGCGAAGACUUGCCGAGCAGCUCCCGGGGUGCGAAGACACGAAGAACCGCAAGAGACGGGCAGGAUGCCAGCCGCAAGCGAGCCGAAGAAGACAUGUCCGGUUCUUGUGCGUGUGUGUGUGUGUGUGUCAGCGGUUUAG